UCCGCCGCCGGUCCCGCUCAGCCCCAGCCCCGUACCUGUACCCGUACAAGGCGCCUCGAUAGCCCCGCUCCGACGGCUGCGCCCGCCGCUCUCUGGGACUUGUAGUGCGGCGCGGCCCCGCCCGGGACGGCGGGCGCCCUCCCCCGCCGGGGCGGCGCUGCCCCGAGAGGCCCUUCCGCGAGCGCCGGGCCCUGGCUCCGCCGCGCUGCUCCAGCCCCGUCCCGAGCCGAGAUGGCUGCACCCGAAGGCACCGGCGACGCGUGUCUGCGGCACAACCCGCCCCGCCCGGGGCACGCGCCGGGACUACAGCGCCCACAGUUCCCCGCGGCGGCCGCGGCGGUUCCGGGCGGUGGCGGCGGCUCCGCGGCGCCGCGCCCUGUGCAUGGCCGUGGCGCCGAGCAUGGGCCCGGAGCGCGUCUGUCCCCGGGAGCCCGGGCUGCCGGAGGGCCCUGACGGCGCGGCGGGGUGGAGCGGCGACGAGGAGGAGGAGGAGGAGGAGGAGGAGGAAGGUGGCGGAGGGUACUUGUACCAGCCACUGAGCCAGGAACCGGAGCAGGGCCCCGGCGAGGCGGGCCCCGGCCUGCAGGAGCGGCUGCAGAUGCUGAGGCUGCACCUGCCCGACCCGCCGACGGACAGCGAGGAGGAGGAGGACGACGUGGCGGAAGGCGCCGCGGCUCAGAGCAGCCGCAGCUCCAUCCCCAUGGAUGCAGAGCAUGUCGAGCUGGUGAAGAGGACAAUGGCCAGCGUUAAGCUGCCUACCCUGGGCAUCCCCGCCUGGGCCAGCCAGAUCUCGGAGGAGCAGUGGAAGGACGUGGUGCAGCGCACACUGCAGGCCCGGCAGAGCCUCGGUGGUCCCCGGCCCGAGUGGAAGUGAGAGCUGAGCUGCAGCACAGGAGCUGCAAACCCCAGCCCUCCCUCCACCCUGCAGGCACCCGCUGCCUCCAAGCCAGGUGCUGACAGGACUUGCCAGUAUCGACCUUCCAGUUUCUCCCACUGACAUUGUCUGAUUUACCUUCCCACUCCUCUUUCCUGGUUCUGGCUGGUGCAUAAGUCAAUGUGAUGUCCUUGUGUUGGCUUCCUCUGCCUCUGAGGAGCCUGACUGGUUUCCAUACCUGUGUGCAUGUGGGGCGAGGGGACUUAGCUGGCUUUGCCCAGAUUCCCUCAGGACAAACACUGGACUUGUCCCUGUGCUGACAGUACCUGAGAAGUCCCUCUCCAGGCUUGGGCCCCUUCUCCCAGGACAGGGCCUGUGUUGGAAUAUCAGAGGCAGAGCCAGAUGUGUCAUUCCAAGAGAUUGGUUUUAUUUAGUUCUGUACAUACAGGGACAUCUGUACAAAAUCCAACACUUUCAUACUAUGUAAUGCUCUACUGAAAAUAAAGUACACCAUAUGUACAUAUGAACUGUAA